AUGAAAGACCAAGAAGGUGAACUUCCAAGUAAUUUAUCUGGAGGAGUAGUACUAGACAAAUAUUAUGGCGCAGCACCUCCAGAAUUGAACUCGAUAAUCUUCUCACCAGAUUCAAACUUUCUGAAGUCUUCAGCAGAUAUACAGGGAUCCACUGACUUGCAGAUAGGACCCUGGAAAUUUGAAAACAAUGCUUUGAAAGCUAUAGAGGAGCAAACAUAUCUGAAAGCUGAUGGCAAAGCUUUUGUUGUUUUAGCCACUGUGAACACUCCAGACGCUGAAAUUACUACAGUGCUCAUUACUUUGUCAUCAAUAAGUGGCAGCACAUAUCAAGCAGAGGCCCGGCACCUCCUAGAGUCGGCCUUGCCUGAGAUUCCCAAGCCUGAAAUUCCUCUGCCGCAAAUUCCAGCUUUACCAAAGCCGGAGCUACCAGCACUGCCAAAACCAGAGCUGCCAACUUUGCCCAAGCCUGAGCUACCAACAUUGCCUAAGCCUGAGCUUCCAGUAGUGCCAAAACCUGAGCUUCCGACUUUGCCCAAGCCAGAACUGCCAAAGUUGGAAAAGGCUGAGCUGCCACCACUGCCAAAGCCUGAGCUCCCGGAAUUGCCUAAACCUAAGCUCCCCGAAUUGCCAAAACCUGAGAUUCCAACAUUGCCAAUACCCAAAUUGCCAACAUUACCAAAGCCUGAGUUGCCUAAGCUUCCUGAACUCCCAAAGUUCCCAGAAUUGCCUAAACCCACUUUGCCCGAAGGACCGAAAUCCCCUUGAUUUGAAUUAUAGGAAAAAUUAUCAAGAACUUGAUCUCUUAGCGAUAAUUCUAUACAAUGGGAUGAUUCUCUGAGAACUUGUUCUAGAAUGAUUGAUUUCAUAUUGUUUGGUUACUUGUCUUGUAUUUUGGUGAGGUGCAGCUCUUAUUAUUUGUUGUUAUGUCAGUUACGCUUUAGUGCUGUCAAUUUGUAUUUCCCUGUAAAAUUGCCCAUUAUAUUUAAUGAUUGUUUGUGCUAUUAUCAGCUCUA